AUGAAGUUCCUCAAUCCAAUUGCUGUUAUACUCUCGCUGGCUUCGUCUGUCGCCCUGGGAGCGGAGGCUGCAGCCACUGAAAGCAGUCAUUUGAGGGGAGAGGAGGUCAAGUAUCAAGGAUUAACUCUGUACGUAUCGAAGCCACACAAAUCGUUGGGCUACAAGACGCCAGGAACUAGGGUUGGGGUACUGUUUUUGACAGACAUCUACGGUCUCAAACUUAAAGAGAACAAAGAGUUAGUUGACAACUUUGCCAAAGAGGGCUAUAUCACCGUCGCGCCAGAUUUGUUCAAAGGGUCUCCAGCACCAAGCGAAGAUACACCCGGCUUCAACGUGACCGAGUUUCUGGCCAAUUACCCUCCUAGUGUGACCGAUCCUGUGGUCACCAAGGCAAUCAAGUACAUUCGUGAAGAACUAAAGGUCAGCAAGGUUGCUGCAACUGGCUAUUGCUAUGGUGGACGAUACGUUUUCCGUCAGCUUGAUAAGAAGGGUGGAGUAGAUGUUGGCUUCACGGCGCAUCCAAGUUUAUUACAGACUGAAGAGAUUGAGGCUGUCACAAAGCCUGUUUCUAUUGCUGGCGCAGCCGACGACAACAUCUUCCCCCAGCCUAGACAGGCGGAGACCAAUGCGAUCCUCACAAAGAUUGGAAAGCCGUUUUCUUCGGCUCUAUACAGCGGAACGACUCAUGGAUUUGCAGUUCGUGCGAAUAAUUCAGAUCCCCAGCAGGUUUUUGCCAAAAAUGAGGCUUUUUACCAGGCUGUUCGUUUCUUCGAGGCUUGGGACUAG